AUGGAAGCUCUACACGUCUCAGUUGGCAAUUCUUCCACGGCACCUUAUCAACGACCAUUCACUUGCACAGUCAGCCCUGUCGUUCUCUUUUCCGUUCUCGAUCAGUUUUUGCGUCGCGAUGAGCAACAGAACAAGGUCGUUGGCGCCCUUCUUGGUGCUCGUAGCCCCGAUGGCACCGAAGUGGAAAUUCGCAACGCAUUCAGCGUGAUCUACACUGAAGAGGAAUCCCAAAUUGUUCUUGACAAGGAGCAUUACAGCAGCAUGCACGACUUGCACCUAAGAGUCAAUCCCCAAGAAACUAUCUUGGGCUGGUACACUGCUGGCCCUGGUGUAUCGCCAUCCAGCGCUCCUCUCCACACCUUCUUUAGCCAAGAUACAACUCCUUUCCGACCUAUUCAACUUACUAUUGAUACCGAAAUGUUGUUCAAGAGUGACGAUGUGGGCAUGCGAGCAUACACAUGUGCACCCGUUGGAUUCUCCACAAAGCCUGGUGAUUGCAUGUAUCUUCCAGUCCCAUGCGAGAUCAAGUACUUGGAUGCUGAACGUAGUGGAUUGGAUAUGCUUGCAUCUGCCAAGUCUACUGAAAGCCGUACCGCAAAUCUCCUUUCUGAUAUGGAUCAUUUGGAAGUUGCCAUCAGCAAAUUACAAGAACUCUUGCAGAGAAUCAGCGAAUACGUCGAGAGCGUUUUGGCUGGUAAGGAGAAGCCCAACAAUGCUAUUGGUCGUUAUAUCAUGGAUACUGUGUCUGUUGUUCCCAAGUUGGAUAAUGCAUCAUUCGAGAAGAUGUUCAACUCUCAUUUGCAAGAUCUUUUGAUGGUUGUCUACCUCGCCAACGUCACCCGUACCCAGCUCUCCAUUGCCGAACGAUUGAACUACUUGGUUUCCAAUUAG